GUGCAUGGCGUGCUGGCUGCGGUGACCUUGGAUAUGGCGGGUGUGGGGCUGUGCGCCAAGACCAACUUGGAGGAGCUGUUCAACUUCACCAUCCAGAAGGUGCGCGCAUCUCUUGUGCAGACGCGCACGGAUCUGCAGGUUACGUCUGCCGUACAUGCAAUCCAGCUGGACAACCAGAUGCUCGAGGCCAAGAAUCCGGUGGUCCUGGCGCCAGCUGACGGCUCACAGUCGAGCAGUGUAGCACACGCCCGCCGGCGGCACAAGGCUCGUCUUGCUCGCCGCGCCGAGGGCCCCAACCCCAUCCUGCGCUUGGGGCACCAGGACCCCUCCGUGCAAGACCCGCUCAUCACCUUCCAGAUUACGUACAACCAGGCAAGCAGCAACCAGGCAAACGACGUGAACGCCUAUGGCUCGCAUGACAACGUGGGCAUUCUGGCGUUCAAGAAGGUGGUGCUGGAGCUGGGGCCGCUGGACUUCUCCGCUGACCAGGAGUUCAUCGAGGGGGUCAUUGCCUACCUGCAUGCCAUGCCCCUGGCGGACUUGUACCAGAACGAGGCUUGGCAGAAGCAAAUCGACGCGAUGCAGGGUGGCGGUACGGCAGGACAUGCCGAGGAGGCGGUGCACGUUUCGGGGCAACGUGACAAGCCGCAGGAGGACGCGCUUGUGUGGCUCCUGAAGAAGGAGGCCUCGGAGCUGGAACUGUUGCGUGGCCAGAGCUCCAUGUGGUUCUACCUGGAGGAGUUCUACCUCUCGGACAUAUUCAUUAACGUGACGCUGGCGCUGUCAAGCAGCUUUAACGCGGGAGUUGGCGGCGCGCCCUCCACCACAUCCGCAGCCGGCUCGGAGAGCGAGCGGCAGCGCACGAUGCUUCGCGGCUUCCUGUCGCGCGUGUCGGGCAACAAUGGCUUCCAGCUCAUCAACGUCACCAACGCGCCCAUCCAGCUGGAGUACGUGUCCUUCCAGAACCGCCUGUACAACCGCGUCUCGCUGGUCAACACGCUGUGGCGCCACUACUCGUGGAUUGCCAUAGCGCAAGCACGCAAGGUGCUGGGAGGUGCAGGUCCCGCCAUCGCCGCCAUCCCCGCCUCACUGCUCUGGGCAAGCUUGGCGCUGGUGGAUUUGGGCCAGGAUGUGGCAGCGAAGCGCGUCAGGCCGCACCAGGUGCCCAUGCGCAUCGGCUACGUGCUCUUCACGCUUUCGGGCCAGGUGGUGGGCGUGCUCAGCCGCACCAUGUGCGCCGUGAUGGGCGUGCUGCCGCCUCGCUUCUCCUCCGACAGCAUGACCCUCACCGACUCCGAGGCUGCGAGGCGCUUCGCCGUGAAGCCGCAGACGGUCAUGGAUGCGCUGUACCUGGGGCAGCGUGACGUGGU